AAGUCAAGCCAAUUGUGCCAAUAUAUAGCCGUAAACCGACAAUUUCUGAGUGUCCCUCAGGCUUUCGAGACCAAGAACAGAGUCAGAGAAGCUCUUCAAAAUGGCACCAAAGAAGGCCAAGAAGAAGGAAGCAGCCAGCUCCAAUGUGUUUAGCAUGUUUGAGCAGUCACAGAUUCAGGAGUUUAAAGAGGCUUUUACCAUCAUGGACCAGAACAGAGAUGGCUUUAUUGACAAAAAUGACCUAAGGGACACAUUUGCUGCUCUGGGCCGUCUAAACGUGGGCAACGAUGAGCUUGAUGAGAUGCUGAAGGAAGCCUCUGGCCCCAUUAACUUCACCGUCUUCCUCACUAUGUUUGGAGAGAAGCUCAAAGGUACAGACCCCGAGGAGACAAUUCUCAAUGCCUUUAAGAUCUUUGACCCAGAGGGUACAGGAAUCCUUAAAGGAGAAGAGAUCAAAUAUCACCUCAUGUCCCAGGCAGACAAAUUUUCUGAGGCUGAGGUUAACCAGAUGUUCACAAACUUCCCUUUGGAUGUGGCUGGUAACCUGGACUACAAAAACCUGUGCUACGUCAUCACCCAUGGAGAGGAUAAGGAACAGGAGUAAAAACUACAUUUCCCAUGUUUACCCAUGUUUGUUUACUGUCCAUUUUGUAUGUUGUCUUUCUUUAAGCUCUGUGCCCACCUUUUGUCAAUAAACAGAUAAAAAACAAA